AUGGAUUCCAUCACCGAUCUCUGUCUGAUGAUCUCAGAAGACUUGGUGCCGCAAAGCCCAGUCAAGCCUUCAGAUAUCGAGUCUCUGUUCCCCGACCUGCUCGAUCCUGCGCUAAAGCUGCAAACGAACUUGACGAAAUGCGGCGGACACCUGUGGCCUGCCGGUUUAGUGCUGGCAGAAUAUCUCAUACGCGAGAAAUUGGAUGAUUUGCGAGGCAUGACCAUGUUUGUGACGUUAGACUUGAGUUGGGUGCCGGUAGUGGACUUGUCGGGUCGCCUUGCCAUCGCGUUGAAGCUGAGGCAAUUGCCGCCCACUCAAUGCAAAGAGCCUACAAAGGUUCAUGUGACGGACGGAGUCCCAGCCCUCAUGCCUCUGCUCCAGCAGAACAUCAGUCUGAACUUCCCAGAUCCUGCCUCGCAUGUGAUCGUACAAGCCCAUCUCUUGCCUUGGGGAGGAACUCUUGACCCUGCUAUUCCCAAGCGUCCGGAAGUUAUCCUGGCCGCUGAUUGCGCGUAUAUCGAAGAGAGCUUCCCUUCAUUGACGAGGACACUAGAGGAGAUGCUGGGAGAGCAGACAACAUUGUGGUUCUGCUACAAAAAGCGAAGGAGAAGGGAUCGUGAUUGCAUCAAAAUGAUAGGAAAGAUCUUCGAUGUGCACUUCGUGAGAGUUACACUAUCUAUCUCUCAUCACUGUGAAUGUAGCCCAAAGCUGGAGAGCAUGGAGCAACCCUACGGCGUCACAGCUGCUAGGAUCGAAUUCAUAGAGAAAAGCAUCCGGAAAGUCGUCCUCUUUCGAUGGUCUUUUUCCACGACCCGUUCGCAGAUCGAGAAGGAUGCAGAGAGCCUUGUCAAAUAUUACUCCAUUGCUGAGGAAGUGAUCCAGCUGCUCCUUAGCUACCUUGGCUACAACACAACCUCCUUCACUGGCCAACAUCAUAUGGCGAUCUUGCGUCCUCUGACGGAAACUGCAAAUCCAUUCUUUCUACUGCUUGGCUCCGGCAAAGCUUACGGAUUCAUCGAUGCUCUAAGACAAUUUCGCAAUCGAAUCAGUAAAUACCAGAAGGCCGGGAAGGCCUGGGCUCAAUAUGGCCGCGGGGUCGUAGCAGCUCGGGGCUUUAUGUUGAAAGCAUUCUUCGAGUGGGGUUUACCGGACGUCUUCGAAGCAUCGUUAUGGGCAUCCUUGAGAUGCAUACAGGAAGAAGUUGGUUACAACACCGGUCCCGAGCAGCUAGCUACCAGAAUCAACGAAAUAGACCCCACCAUAGAGAAAGCAAAAGAACACUUCCACAACAGGGUAGGUUCAGCGCGAAGCAAGAAUCGAAACAUGGCAGAUCUGAAAAUGCCCCACGUAAAUGCACAAAACCCGGCAAACCUACAGCUUCCUAGCCAAUGUUCGAAGCGCAAGCGUGGAGAGUCAGUAGCACAUGCGGCGAACAAAUGGGUUCGAGGCGGUGUCGUGGGUAGAUUUGCGAAUCUUCAAUGGCUUGCAAAGGAUUCUGUGCAAUCAAAGCACCUAAGAUCCGUCGAGAAAUCCGUCGAUAAGAUGUUCCGACCUGAUCUUGAGGCAUUACAGGCACAGUUUGGUGCGCAGCUCCACAAAGGGCUCAACAUCGCUCAGGAGAGAGUUCGCACAUUCCAUGCUCCUGCAGCUAAAGCUCGCAUUGUAGCGGAAAAGGCGCAAAUUGUGGAGGUGAUUGUCAUCGAAGAUGACUAG